AUGUCAACACCAACAUCUACAUCUACCUUGAAAAUGGAACAUGUACAUCCAAAAUUAAAGGAACAAAUUAAACUUAAUAACAAGUUGUUCUCAACAGACUCGGAUAGAAUAGUCGGUCAAUACAAGAGAUAUGACAUUGAUAGUGUGUUUGAUAUAAAACAACAACAAUCAGUUACUGCAACUGCUGCUACUACGCCUGCAGCAGCAGCUUCUUUAACAUCACCUGAUGACAAUUCAAAGAGUCAACUACUUCAACAACAAUUACAAAAGGAGGAUCUUGAUCGAUACAUGGAGAGAGCUGAAGGUUUGUUACAAGAUUGUUCAGCCAUCAUUCUAUCUACUCUAUCAAAGAUACAUUACAUUGGUGUUGAAAGAGACGAUAACAACAACAACAACAACAACAAUGAUUCUAAAUACAAAAAGAAUAAGAGAAAGUACAAGAAUCAACCACAAGGUGGAAAUGUAAAUGGUGGCGGAUACUACAACAUAAGACAAGAAAUGAUCGAGAAGUUUAGUAGUGAUAUAUUGACUGUUCUUGGCCAGGGAGCAAGAGAGUUGAAGGGUUUAAAGGUGGAAUCAUCAUUGCCAAGCAAGGAUCAAAGACACCAAUACUUGGACGAGGAAUGGGCUCAAUGCACAAGAGUAUUGUUGGAACGGGAGAGACAAGAGAUUCAAAACACAGGUCCUCUAAUGUUGGCCGAACAAGAAGCACUUCAAAAGGAAAUGGACAAGGAGAUUGAAGCACAGAUCGAACCAUUCCCCAAGGAAAAGUCGUUCAACAUCCUUUUGUCCAAGUUUCAAAAUGAACAAGCCAAGGAAAAGGAGAAGUUGGCCAAGGUUCUCGCUGCUGAUCCUGCUGUAGUGGCAGACAAUGCCAAUCCAAAGGGUGUAUGGAAGACUCAAAUGGGUGCUUUGGACGCCAAGCAUCGCGACCAAAUGACCAAGUUUGAAGACAAACACAACGGCAAGAUGGACAAGAUCACCAAGAAAAAUGAUGACAUUAAAAAAAAGAUAAAGGAAAAGUAUGCAACUCUAAAGGAGAAUGUUAGAAACAAGUAUGAUGAGCAAAACAUCAAAAAUCGUUAUCAAUCGGACCUACAAAAAUUAAAUAAUACCUAUACUUCUAAAAAGAAUUCAUUAAAUGGUAUACCAUCUUCAACCCCAACUUCAUCAACUUUAACAAAAAAUAAUAAUAAUCAAAAUAAUAAUAAUAAUGAAGAACAAAAAAGAAUAGAAAAACAAAAACAAAAAGAAAAAGAAGAAAUGGAAAAGAAAUUAAAGUUGGAACAAGAGGAAAAGGAGAAAAAGGAACAAGAAGAAAAUCAAAGAUUGGAAAAAGAAAAAAGAAAGGAAAAAGAGUUGGAACAAUACCUUGUAACAUUGUCAUUAGAAUCUACAACACCAAUCAGUAGUGAGACAACAACAACAACAGAGACCUCAAUCACUGCCACUGCCACUACCACCACAUUUACAAAAAAACCAUCAGAUCCAUUUGAAUUGGUAGAAUACAAGAUUCAAAAGGUAAUGAAAGCUGUUCAAGAGGCAUCUGAUGCAAUCAAAGAUUUUAAAGCCAAAAACAAUCAAAUCGUUGUAGACAAGGAAAUAUUGGAUCAGUUGACAAAGGUAGACUUUGAAGCCAACAAGAAUCUGAUCAAGCAACUUAAAAAGCUGACCAAGAAGAAAACAGUCCAAGAAAAACGAAUCAAAUCACUACAAGAGAGAAAAGCACAAUUGCAAUUCAUCAUGUCAAGAUCUGCUAGACCAACUCUCCCACCACCAGUUCAAGAAUCCUAUGAAAAGCUUCUUUCCGAUUGUAAUCUUUUGUACCCCCAAUUAGUGUGUACCGAUACACAGCGUGGUAAACAACUCUUACCAUUUUUACAAGACCUCCUUACCAGAACCCUCAAACCUGUCAAGGUUGAGAUCUAUCUUUUUGGUUCAUCUUUGAAUGGUUUGGCAUUUAAAAACUCUGACUUGGAUAUUGCUCUUGUCACUGAUAGACCUCUUCAUUCUUUAUCAAAUUAUACAUUCAAGGUUUCAAAUGUUUUAAAAUCAAAUAAUUUUAAAAAUGUUUUAGCUAUUACUAGAACAAGAGUACCAAUUAUUAGAUUUAAUGAUAUAUUUUCAUCAUUGUCUUGUGACCUUUCAAUCAAUAAUCCAUUGGCAAUUUUCAAUAGUAAAAUGAUUUAUGAUUACAUGCAAAUUGAUAUUAGAGUUAGAACCAUUGCCAUUAUAAUUAAACAAUGGGCUAAAGUUAGAGGUAUUAAUGAUGCAUCAAAUAAUACAUUACACUCUUAUUCAUUUGUAAAUAUGAUUAUCCAUUUUAUGCAACGUGAGGAGGUUCUUAUCCUUCCAUCACUCCAAAGAAUGGCAAAUGGUCAGUACUAUUACAUCAAGGGUCGUAGAUAUGGUGAUGGUCGUGUCAAAGAGGAUCAUAUGAUUUCAGACAAGAAUUGUAAAUACUACAACAAUCUCGGACAACUCAGAGAGGUGUUUGGCAAGCACAACACCAUGACAGUGCCAGAACUACUCUUUGCCUUUUUCCAAUACUAUGCACUCCAUUUUGACUAUCAAAACAGUGUCAUUAGUAUUCGUUCAGGUGUCAUCUUGCCUGCCAAGACAAAGACAUGGGAUGACAAGCGAGAGUAUUUCUUUAUGAUUGAAGAUCCAUUCGACACAACCUUUAACAUUGCAAGAUCCAUUCGAAAGCCUCAUCACUUGGCUGCCAUUGUCAAGGAAUUUAUGAGAGCCUAUGAAUUGCUUUCAAACAAUGCUCCACUUUCUGAAUUAGUUAAAGCUCCUGAAGACAAUGAUUUUAAAAAGAAAAAACCUACCAAAUAA